UAACUGCUGUAAAUCGAGCACGAAGAAGACUUAGUGGUCGUGCUGUCGAAGAAGAAGAAGAUGGGGAUGGUGAAGUCCUGAUGUGUGGCUCUGGACUUUUCCUUUGAAGCUUUUUCUUGGACGAGAUGUGUGACCCACCAGAAGAAGACCUGUACGUGGUUCUGGGAGCCAGCCCAUCGGACUCUGUGCAGCACCUCAGAAACAGAUACCAGCAGCUGGUCUUAUUGUACCAUCCAGACCGUGCUGACGGUGAACGUUCAUCAGAGGCGGCGUCCAGCCUGAGGAGGUUCCUUCAAAUCAAUGUAGCCUGGAAGGUCCUGAGUGACCCAAACAGGAGGAGACAGUAUGACCUCCAGAGACGAGCAUCGGAGCUGAAACCAGGAUUGGACGGUGGACUCCACGGUCUGUCUGGACAGCAUGACCUGGGACCAGGGGCAGCGUGUGUAUACAUACAUCUGUCGCUGUGGAGGAGAAUUCAGCCUGACGGAGGAAGAGGCGCAGACUCAGGGGAGGAUGGAGGAGCAGGAGCACGGAGGACUGUUGGUUUGCUGUGAUAGCUGCUCCCUCAGCGUGUGCAUCUACUGCUCACCACACUGCUAAUGACCAUGUGUGGGAUCCCAUCAAGCACAGGCCAUCAGCCGGCAUGUCACAGUGCAGGGCUGCACAAGUCUGACAUCAUAAAGGACCGCCCACUGUGUAUGUAGGAGACCAAUCACAGGACGCUGAGCAGCACAGUUGCUGUGAUGGCGCAGAAGCCACUCAGGCCAAACGAUCUUGUUUCUAGUUCCCAAACAGCGUGCUGACACGUGGUCUUUUAGCGUAAAGCUGCUGUCAGAUGUUUGUUAGCGUUUGGUGCAGAGGCCAUCGUGCUGCUGUUCUCGAAGAAUGUCACUUUGUUUGCAGAUGAUGUGAAUGUUUUGUCAUCUUUUCCAUCAGGUUCAUGUCAGUCAGAUAAAACGUGUUUUUAUUCAGUUUUACAUACAUUUAAGGUCAAAUGGUUUAAGGAAUGUUUCAAAACCUCAAAUUAUACUUUGUUAUAUUUUUUAAAAAUUGGAUGGUCUUCAGUUUUGACUUGCUUGUAUUUACAAACCUGCCUUUAAAAUGUUCUAAAUUUUACCAUCUAGCCCUCAUCUUCGAGAUGUUGCUGCCAUAACGUUUCUCUGGACGAAACUGUGAUUUGAGGCAGUGAAGAACUCGAUCAGUAUUCGAGCAGAACGGUGCUUCUUUAUUCCUUCCCUAUUAUUGCAUUCUUUUGUGAUUGUUUGCAUUUUGUUCUUUCGAAAAAAAGAUGAUUGUAACAGAUUGUUUUGGUAAAAUAUUACCUCUGCAGCAGCGAUGUUUGGUCUCACUGCCAAAAGGAUUCAAGGAUUCAAAAGACGUUUAUUGUCAUAUGCACAUAAGGAACAUGUUCCCUGCACAAUGAAA